GCAGAGAAAACCCCAUGGUAGAAAAAGUCCUUGACAGAUCAACCUUUCUGAAUGCCUAGCGGCCUGCGGUUGCUGGUGAGGAGCAUUGACAUUUUGGAGUAGGUGAUCACUGGGCAUUUCCUCAGCCAAGCCAAGAGGCUGACCUCAGGUAGUGCUGUCACAGCACUGCCAUGUGUGGUGGGAGCGGGGACAUUGGGUCAGUAGCUGUCCCCAUCCUACACAGGACACGGGGACAGGGCAUGGUCUGGACACGGGGCAUCGCAGCCCCUUCCCUUUCUGCGUCACCUCCUGCUGGGUGCUCGCCACGCAGUGGGCUCCAGGGCAUGGCAAGCCCAGAGCACCUGGAGGCAGAGGUGUGUUGGGGCUUGUCCUGAGAGCACAUUUUAGGGCAGCUUACUGCCACGCCUGUUCCCCGUCCUUCCCAGGAUAGUAAAUGAACUCCUUUCCAGCUGCAGCCCAGGGCAGCCUUCACUAAACAAAGCAGAAGUAACUGGGGCGGCUGCUGCUUCCCGUGGCACCACUGGCCCCAUCCUGCUCAGGAAGCUGCUCAGGAAGGAGCCCUGCAGAGCUCAGGAUCCUGCUGCUGGUAUCUACCUGCCCCAAGCACAGUGAUCAGGGCGGGAGGCGCUCGCUAAACCCAACUUCAGCAGGACAGGGCUGCGAAUGUGCAAACAGCAACUGGGAGGCACCUGCGGUCACCGCGGCCUCACGGGGCUGGAGGCAGGGGAGGAUCGGGCGCAGGAGAGCUGAGCACUUGCAGAGCUUUUGGCACCUACGGCUGGGACUUGGCAGCAGCUAGAGGAAGCAGCCACCGGGCAAGGAAGCGUUUCAGCCUGGAGCUGGCCGGCUGUUUGCCAUGAGGGUGGCUGUUCUCCUCCUCCUGGGGCUGGCGCUGUUGGAGGCAGAGGGCAGGUGUUUCUUCAAUCGCACCCAGGAGUACUGUCUGUGCUACAGGCUGUCCCAGGACAACGCAGGGAGCAUCAUCCAGUGCCUCGCGGCCUCUGUUGUGGAGUUCCAGGGAGGAGAGCUGGAGAAAUAUGUUGACUUCCCCGUCAGAGACCUGGAUCCCUCCACCAUUGACAUGCUCGGCACGCUUGAAAUCAAGAAAAUCAUUUUUGGCGACCUCCUGGUGCCUGAGGUCCUCCUCGCCCGUGUCUUAAGGUUCUUCUCCUACACCCGGGUGCAGGAGAUGGCGUUUGAGAGCUGCAGUUUCCUGGGGAGGAGCAGCUGGCGUGAGAUGGCUGGCCAGAACUUGCCCAUAUUGUCCCUGCAUUUCCACAACGUGACAUCUGCCCCGCUGACGGGCCGCGAGCAGGACUUCUCUGAGCUGGGCAGCUGGCUGGGGACCCUGCAGGAGCUGUCUGUCACCAGCUCCCACGUCACCAGCCUGCCCUGUGGCAUCGGAAGGGUGUUCAGAGCUCUGCGCUCCCUGGACAUGGCACAAAACAGCCUUGGGGAUGGGAGCUUGAUGCCUGCCUUCUGCGAGGGGGCCUUCCCGCAGCUCCAGGUCCUGAGUCUGCAAGAAAACAACCUGACGUCCUACCACGGUGUGUGCAGAAGCGUGCAGCUGCUGCACGAGCUCCAGCACUUAGAUCUCAGCCAGAACAAGCUCGUGGCCAGCCCGUCCUCCUCUUGCCAGUGGCCGGCAUCCCUCCGAAUUUUUAACUUGUCCAACACUGGCUUGGAUGAACUCCUCACACCUCUGCCUCCUGGUCUAGAAGUGUUGGACUUGAGCUCCAACCGCCUCCGUGCUGUAGACAUCUCCCUCCGCUCCCUGAAGGCUCUCCUCCUGAGCCGAAACCUGCUGCUGGCCGCCCCCCCCAUCAGGAAUUACCCCGCGCUGCGCUCCCUCCACCUCGACGACAACUUGAUUGCGGAGUGGCCGUGGGACGAGGUGAAGCUCCUGGAGAACCUGCAGGAGGUGUCCGCAGCUGGGAACCCCUACAACUGCACCUGCGCCGGGGCUGGGGCCCUGCAGGCGCUGGCAGCCACGGGGUGCCUCAGGCAGGGCUGGCCCCAGCAGUACGCGUGCCACUCGCCCCCUCGCUACCAGGGCACGCUGGUGAGGGACGUGCCUGCCUCGGUGCUGCAGUGCAACAGAGCUGCGGUGCUUGCCCCCGUCUGCACGGCCCUCGGGCUGCUCUGCGUGGCCGGGGCUGGCUGGCUGGUCAUGGCACGGAGGAGACGCGUGGCCGGCCCCAGAGCUGCUCAACCCCAAGGGCUGCACGGCCAGGAGCUCGGGGAGAAGGCUCGCAGGAGCCCGAUGUGCUCGUGAGGGGCUCUCCUGCUCGCCUCUCCAUCCAGGCUCCCCGUGGAACGGGACUGUCCUCAGCGUUGUCCCACCGUGGUGGUGGCUUUUCCCAUCUGAGUCUUGGAAACCCUCGAGGAUGGGGAGACCCCACCCCACUUGCUGUGCUCUGUCCCUGGAAAGAUUUUCCUUACAUCCAACCUCAACCUCCCUGGUCCCAUAUUGCACCCACUGCCCCUCUGGAAUUGUCAGCCCUGAUCAAGAGGAGUUUGGGUCCGUUGUGUUUGCACCUCUGCAGGCUGCUCACAGACCCCCCAAGCCCCAUCCCAGCCUGAUGAUGCCCCCCUGCACCACCAGCUCUCUCGUAGCUUGGUGUCCCCCAGCCUGUCCUCUGCCUCUCCUGUUCUGGGGGUUACAGCUGUAAGGAUGCCUGGAUGUCUGCUUCACUGCUGUUCAGCACCAGGACGAAAAAAAAGCCCAAGGGACAGGGAAAAAACAAGCAAACAAAAAAGAACAAAAAAUUAAACAUCUCUACAUGCAAGCCCUAAUGAGCAGGAGAUGACAAAGACAGCAACAAAGACCUCUCAAAGUGCUCUUAGGGCACUGCUGGAUGAACUCCUCAAGUGUGGCCUCAAAGAGGUUCAGCCAGAACCUUUGUAACCAAUAAGGAAAUUGGUUUCUUCUGGGUUAUCAGAAAACACCUCACAGGAAAGAGCAAACUGGCUAUGGGCAGCUGCGGAAGGAACGAGCGUGGGGGAAUGGGGAGGAUGGGGAAGGAAGGGACUGGCUGUGAGUAAGCAGUGCUUGUCCCCCAGAUCUGUCCUGCCUUUUCAUUAAAAUCUGUUCCUGAGUA